AUGGAACCCAGGAAUCCCCUCCAUAUCUACAGAGCUCUCCUCCGCGCCACAUCCUAUCUGCCAGACGCAGCCGCUCGAGCAUACCUGGCAGAUCACAUCAGAACCAGAUUCGUCACCCAUGCGAAAUCAACACCGCUCGCGCAUAUAGCGAAGAAUCGGUUGAAGACGGCAGAGAAAACUGCGCGAUGUCUCGAGCGAGCUGGUCGCGGUAACAUCGAGGACUUGGAGAAAGUCCUCGAUUUCGCAUAUGGAAGGAAAGGCGCUCGGCGCAGACAUCUACUAAGGGAUUUGUUACAAAAGGAUCCCCCCCAGGAUGAUAGGGCGUUAGCAGAGCUCAUCAAAGCCGGCAGCGAUCAGGCUGGCAAGAAACAGCCCCCCGAAAUUGAGCAGAUGGAACCGACCCCAAAAUUUCGAGCCUUUCUCAAAAGCCAUGUCCAAUGUUUCCCCAAAAAUACGCAGGUAGGCAAGCCUAAAAUACGUUCCACGGCACCUCGGAUACCAGAGACAAAUACGUGGGGUCGCCCGAUGCCCUUGAGACGGCAGCGUUCGAUACGCAAGCGCUGGUGGGCCGAGACUCUGGAUAGGAUGUUUCCACCAGUCCCGCUGAAGGAGUGGAAUCGUCUGCGAGACCUUGCUUUAGGCGUUGUUCCUGUCGAACCGUUAAUUCCUCGCCGGAAACCACAAAAGCCUAGGAAAAUUGACCCGGAGGAAGCCAUUCAACAACAGAAUCGAAGGGUGGUGAAAUACUUGAUGGACACAGCUAGGGCUAAGGGAACUAUGUCCUUCGAUCCAGAUCGAGGUCUGGUAGUGGACGAGGAGGGUAAUGCUGGGGAUGAAUCGGAAUCCACUUUUCGGGUCUACAACUAUCAGCGAACGAUGCGGAGGUUGUAUAGCCGCCUAUGGGGCGCCACGCCAACUAUGUAUCAUGAUGUGUCGUUAGGUGAUUGGGUUGUACAUUGGGGUAAACCAGCAUCGCCAUUCCAUUCGGGGAUGCCCUCAAUCCUGCCCAAAGAAAAGAAGGUGCUCUAUUCAGGCACUGAAGAUUUGCCAUUGAAGGAUUCAGAUCAAUCCCGCAAAACCCAGAAGGGAAAGAAGUCGGAUUCGAUUUCCACGAUCGAAGGGUCAACCUCGAAUUUGCAACCGGGAAUAUAG